AAUAAAUACAAAGUGUCCUGUCAGAGUUGUUGACCACUGUGCAUGCUGUGUUAGGAGCCAUCUGAGCUCAGAGCAUAGCUGCAAAAUCCCAGUGACUGUACUUAAGCAGCUGCCACUGUCCAUCACCCAGUUAAAACACACAAGCGUGCACAUGCCGAGUGACAGAGCUGUCCCAGAGAGAGCUCAUGGUCGUCCCCGGCACAGAGUGAAGCAACAAGAUCAUCUCCUUACCUGCUGUGGGAUUCUAGCUGGCAGUUUGUUAUUUUGCUUCCUCGACCACAUGUUUUACUCAGUUUAAUCAUUUUGGAGCCAAAAUGAAGACUUUGGAGCAAAUAUUUGCCUUUCAUAUGAUUCUGGUCACCUCAGCUUACAGCACACAGAGAGCACCUCGUAUCAUCACUUUACUAGAAACAGUGGACGUUCUUCUUGAUCACAACGCCACCUUCAUCUGUGAGGUGGACUCAAGUCCCAGUGCUUCUAUUACAUGGACCAAAAACAAUCAGCCAAUCAUGUACUAUGAUAACCGAUACAUUACCAAGGAGCAGGGCCAGAUGUUGACCAUCCCUCAUGUGAAAGAGUCAGACAAUGGAGAGUACUGCUGCAUUGCCAGCAACGGCAUCGGAGAAGCUACAAAGAGUUGUGGAGCUCUUCAGCUGAAGAUGAAGCCCCAGAUCAAGCGUCAACCUACCAACGUAACUUUACUGAUAGAAUCGAAAGCAGUGCUGCCCUGUGUUACCCUUGGGCAUCCCAAACCAGAUGUCACCUGGCUCAAGGACGAUGAGCUGAUCAAGAUCAGCGACCGCAUCACCAUUCUUGAUUAUGGGGCACUAAAAAUUCAUAGAAUCCAGACAGAGGAUGCUGGGAUGUACCGCUGUGUGGCAAGGAACAGCUUUGGUUUAGCCUUUUCGAAGCCUGUCACCAUUGAAGUACAAACUCCAGCUCGACUCCUGCGAGUUCCAAAAGAGAAGAGAGCGGAUUAUGGUAGCCAGAUAACCCUGGAGUGCAAUGCCACUGGAAAUCCUAUUCCCACCAUCACCUGGCUGGAAAAUGGGAAUACUGUGUCAGGUGCCUCUGUGGAGGAGACUUUGGUGGGAAAUGUAAUACUCUCCGUUCUUAAAGUAACGGUGACAAAGUCGGCAUUAUACACAUGUGUGGCCUCCAACAGACACAGCGGUGGAGCGAACAAUGUUAAAAAAAGUGCCAGAGUCACCGUUACAGACUGGAGACAUCAUCAGCAACAACAGACACCAGGCAGUCAUAAGAGCAUCACAGGCUACUGCAGUGCAUAUCGUGGAGAUGCGUGUCGAACGAAUCUUAAAGACGAUUCUCUGGUUUUCUUCAACUCCUCCCUCUCGGACCCCGAAGCGAUGCAGGAAUACCUGGUUCAGAGCUGGUUGGCUGAGCUGGAAGGCCUCAGCAGACUGUGCAACCCAGCUGCACUCUCACUGCUCUGCCACUCUGCCUUCCCUGACUGCAACCCAUCAGGUGGCUCGGCCCCUAAACCGGUCUGCAGAGAGCACUGCCUGGCAGUGAAGGAGCUCUAUUGCCAUAAGGAGUGGUUAAAACUGGAGGGGACUGGUUCAGUUCAGGCUGGACUCUUAAGUUCAGUCACCGGGUCCCAAAUUUUCACGUCACUGCUACCCAACUGUCAGGCCUUACCAAGUCUUCACACUGACCCAUAUGGUUGUACAUAUAUCCCCUUUGCAGAUCUCCAAAAGGAUAAGAUAACAACAACAUGUUAUGAUGGCAGGGGUCGCUUCUACCAAGGCAGUGUGAAUAUCACAAGAUCAGGAAUACAAUGUCAACCUUGGAACAAACAGGUUCCCCACCAGCACCGCCUAUCGGUGGAUGUCAUUCCAGAGCUGAUGAAUUCAAAUAACCACUGUAGGAAUCCUGGAGGAACCAGUGACAAGCCUUGGUGUUACACCUCAGAUCCUAAUAUACGCUGGGAAUACUGCGUAGUGCCUCAGUGUGGGGAAAUAAUCACAGCACCAGUGAGGAAGCCAGAACUGACAGCGCCUGAUCAGAUUCCUCGUCCCCCUCCCACCUCGACAUCAUCAUCGCCAGCCUACUCCAUGACUGUCAUCGUUAUUGUCCUAACCUCAAUGGCAACCGCGGUCUUCCUCACAAUUAUCAUCCUUGGCUGUCAUAGGAGGAGAAAGCAGUGGAGGAACAGAAAGAGAAGAAAGAUUGGGACCCCAACACUGAGCGCUCUUCCAUCUGAGCUCUUGUUGGACCGACUCCAUCCUAAUCCCAUGUACCAGAGGGUUCCGUUGCUGCUGAAUUCAAAGCUGCUAGCCCUCGAGUAUCCCCGCAACAACAUCCAAUAUGUCAGGGACAUUGGGGAGGGAGCGUUUGGACGUGUUUUUCAAGCCAGAGCACCGGGCCUCCUGCCAACAGAACCUUUCACAAUGGUGGCUGUGAAGAUGCUGAAAGAGGAAGCCUCAGCUGACAUGCAGAACGACUUCCAGAGAGAGGCGGCGCUCAUGGCCGAAUUUGACCAUCCAAACAUUGUUCGACUGUUGGGUGUCUGUGCUGUGGGUAAGCCGAUGUGUCUGUUGUUUGAAUACAUGGCCCAAGGGGACCUCAAUGAGUUCCUACGUCGCCGAUCUCCAACCCAGUCUGUGCGCACCAUCAGCCGGGCUAGCCUAUCAGCUCGCAGUUUCUCCUCCAACGGAGAAGCAGCGUCUCUCACCUGUCCGGAACAGCUCUCUGUUUCUAAGCAGAUCGCCGCGGGAAUGGCCUAUCUGUCAGAGCGCAAGUUUGUCCACCGGGACCUUGCAACACGCAACUGCCUGGUUGGAGAAGAAAUGAUUGUGAAGAUUGCAGACUUUGGCCUUUCCAGAAACAUCUAUUCAGCUGAUUACUACAAAGCCAAUGAGAACGAUGCAAUCCCCAUCCGCUGGAUGCCACCGGAGUCAAUUUUCUACAAUCGCUACACAACCGAAUCUGAUGUGUGGGCCUACGGUGUGGUGUUAUGGGAGAUUUUCUCCCACGGGAUGCAGCCAUAUUACGGAAUGGGUCAUGAGGAGGUUAUUUACUACGUGAGGGAUGGUCACAUCCUUUCCUGUCCGGAGGACUGUCCCCUGGAGCUGUAUAAUCUGAUGCGUCUUUGCUGGAGCACACACCCAUCAGACAGGCCGAGCUUUAGCAGCAUACAUCGGAUACUGGAGCGAAUGCAUAUAAACAGCCUGAGUACAAAUGCAGAGCCUGAAGCUGACUCAUGAUUUUUAUUUAAGUGAUUGUUGCGUGAGGGAAAGCAUCAAUGAAACCGGGAUUGUAGUUAUAAUUUGUCACUGAGAACAAGGAUAAAUGUAACACUUGAUAAUGUUGACUUUGCUAGCCCUAUUUUUCUUCUGUGGGCAUCAUAUGUUUAACCCCUAUCCUGUUUUAAUGACAAACUAUGUUUUAUUCAAUCUUUUUUGCUUGACUUUUUUCAUUUUGGAGCCUGAAAUCAUAGAUGUACCAGCCUUAUAUAGGAGAAUAUCAAAGAUAUUAUUAAAAUAAGAAAAUGCCUCUCUGCUUGAUCCACCUGAUUUGAAUUAAUUGCAUAAUAGCAGACAGUUGCAUAACUGGGUGUAAAGUUUAAGAGAUGGAUCAUGUAUUUUUAAUUUUUUUUUUAAGUAGUGGUGGGACAUGUAAACCACCCAGGACUGGAGCUAUUUCUGAGAUGGAGAUGGAGAACAGAGACAGGGGGAGGAAUACAUCAAAGUACUUGUGAGUGCUUACCUGAGCUGAAAAUAUUGCUAGAAGACAUCACAGGAUGUCCACACCCAUGUACAUUUCUAUGCUACAAAGCAGAUCAAAGACAAAAAGACCAAUCUGAUUGGAAGACAAUGCAGCAGCAUCUGCAUGCACUUUUCUGAUGACAAAACGCGAAACUAUCAUUCCUCCCAUUGACAAUUUACAGGAUAAACUGAGCUACUCCACAGUGGUUUCAUGAAGAGAUAUAGAUAUAAAAAUAAGCAAGUCUUCUGAACUGCUUUUCAAAAGAAAAUUAUGAACUUGAAUACUACUUCCAAUGCUCUGAUCAAAUAUUGUCAAAUUGUGUCUAGCUUUACAAUUUUUUUUUUUUGCCCAGACAUACUACUGCUACAGUUUUAGAAUCAAGAGAAAAACUUUUCUUAAAAAAUUGAUUUUAAGCAUGUAGAAAUAAGUUACAAGCUGAAAAAUAUCAGUCACAUCAGAAAGGAAGGGUUGGCUAGCAUGCUAACUUUAGCCUAUCAGCAUGGCUCCUAAAGAAAGCCUUGUCAACAGGAGCAAAUAUUGUGCCUUGAUCAUUAUAAACUUGAAUGACUAAUGUUUCAGCUGCUCUCUUCUACACCAAGAGCUAUCUGAGAAUAUCUGAGCACUGUGCAGACUUGGUCACAUAGAGGGGCUCACACCAGUCAGUAUUGUGGAUCCCACACUGGGGAUGUGACUCACAAACCCCCAUGUAUUACACAAGCAGCAUGUGUCUAGUCUCGUUUCAUCAAGUACUCCACAGAUCAUUUGAAAAAGCAUUAAUAGAAACAACAAUCCAAUACUUUAUUAUUUUAUUGCGGAUUUGUAUUUAGACUACUGUACUUAUUCUCAAUUUAGUUAGUCAAUUUCUAAUAACUAUUUUAAAAAGGCUAGGAGGUUAUCUGUGUGGGAUGAAAACAAGUUAGGCUCUGAAUGAAGCUGAAUUAACCUUUUUAUUAUUUUUUUUUAUUUUUUAUCUUUUACAGUGUUUGGGAGAUGUAUGUUUGUGGUUUUUUAAUAGUUCUUAUAUAAUACCAUGUCCUUAGUUGUAGUCCCUUGUCAUGUACUAUAAAGACUUGAAUCACAAAAGUAUGGUCAUUUUUAAUAAUUUCAACAAGAGUUGUGUAGAUCUUGCUUUUUAUCAGUUUGGUUUUUAACAGUUUUAUUCUCUGUUUUGAAUUUUGAAGCUUAAAACAGAUCAAUGUCAUUUAAUAGAGAAAGGGCAGUAGCUCGAGAACAUCAUGCUACCUUUUUUAAAAACUUUACUGUGAAAGAAACAGUUUAUUCCACAGUGGCACACAAUCACUUUUAACUGACACUGAUCGUUAAAGUAUAUACGUUUUUAUUCCAGUUUGAGCCAUUUUUAUGAGGUUUUAUGUUUUCAUUGUUAGUUUUUGAUGGUCUUUCAGGUUUGCAAGAAAAACAAAAUUCAGUGAGUUUUGUUCAUAAAAUGUCUCAAUACUUGUUUAAUGGUUGUUUUACAAAACUACUUGGCAAGAUCCAUUAAUUUAGGUUCCUUAAACAUUAGUUGACUAAGAAUAAGCCAACAUUUGUCUGAAAGAGGCAACUGAAACUACUUUUAU